AGUUACACAAUUAUUAUUGAGAUGUUGGUUUUUAAUUCAUAGUUUUUUAUUUUACUGUCUGUGCUUUAAAUCCUAAUAGUUAUUCCUGGAUUUCGAAUAACAUUUAUUGAAAACUGUAGAAUCAAUUGCAGAGUGAUUGACAUUAAAACAAGCGUAAAAAGUCAUGUCGAAAGCAGCUGGUCGUCUGAAAACGCUCAAAAAAGCGGUGGACAAGGUCAACCAUAGCAGCAAGCUUCGAACCAAUAUUCCGGCUGGCAUGGCUGUCGCUGGUCCUCCGUUGGGUCCGAUGCUUGGUCAACGAGGCAUCAAUAUUGCUGCUUUCUGUAAAGAUUUUAACGAACGCACCAAAGAUUAUAAAGAAGGAAUCCCGUUGCCUUGUCGGGUUGCAGUUACUUCGGAUCGUUCCUACGAGCUUACCAUUCACGCUCCACCUUCAACUUUUCUACUGAAACAAGCCGCUGGCAUUCAGCGAGGGGCCAUGUACCCGGGAAAAGAAACGGCUGGCAAGAUCACUCGUAAACAUCUCUAUGAAAUAGCCCAAAUCAAACUACAGGAUCCGCCAAAUGCGCUACUUACGCUGCAACAAAUGUGCAAUUCGCUAGUGGGUGCGGCGAGGACGUGCGGAAUCGAAAUCGUCAACGAGUUAGACCCUGCUGAAUAUCAACAGUUUCUCGAUGAACGUCAAAGAGUUGUUGAGGAGCAACGACGUGAAUUGCAAGAAAAACGGGAAGCUAAAAUGCUUCGGAUGGGUUAGGACUAAAGAUUUGCAAAUAGAUUCGAUUUAGUUUAACAUAUUUGUAUUUCAAA